CAAGCCCGGGAGUCUCCGCCGGGGACCCCCACCAGGCGAGGCUUUGUGGAGGGCAGGGCAGCGGUGGGGCAGCCCCUCCCCGCAGGCCUCAGAUGCGAGGCUGGACACCCACACCACAGGACAGCUCUGCAGAGACAGCGGCGAUGGGUGCUGGCGGCCCCCGGCGGGGCGCGGGCCCCCCGGAUGGCGGCUGGGGCUGGGUGGUGCUGGGCGCCUGCUUCGUGGUCACCGGUUUCGCCUACGGCUUCCCCAAGGCCGUGAGCGUCUUCUUCCGCGCGCUCAUGCGCGACUUCGGAGCCGGCUACAGCGACACGGCUUGGGUGUCUUCCAUCAUGCUGGCCAUGCUCUACGGCACCGGCCCAGUGUCCAGCAUCCUGGUGACCCGCUUCGGCUGUCGCCCGGUGAUGCUGCUGGGUGGGCUGCUGGCCUCAGCGGGCAUGGUCCUGGCAUCCUUCGCCACGCGCCUGCUGGAGCUCUACCUGACAGCUGGCGCGCUGACAGGCCUGGGCCUGGCCCUCAACUUCCAGCCGUCGCUCAUCAUGCUGGGGCUCUACUUCGAUCGGCGGCGGCCUCUGGCCAACGGGCUGGCGGCGGCGGGCAGCCCGGUGUUCCUGUCGGCGCUCUCGCCGCUCGGCCAGCAGCUGCUCGAGCGCUUCGGCUGGCGCGGCGGCUUCCUGCUGCUGGGCGGCCUCCUGCUGCACUGCUGCGCUUGCGGCGCCGUCAUGCGGCCGCCGCCGGGGCCCGGCCCCCCGCCCCGCGCCCGCAGCGCGGGCGAAGCUCGGGAGGACGCGGACGCGGACGCGGACGCGGACCGCAAGGGGCUGAGACUGAGCGAGGCGCCCCCUGGCGGCAAGACUCGCCGACGCCUGCUGGACGUGACCGUGUGCGCCGACCGCGCCUUCGCGGUGUACGCCGUCACCAAGUUCCUGAUGGCGCUGGGGCUCUUUGUGCCCGCCAUCCUGUUGGUGAACUACGCCAAGGACGCGGGCGUGCCUGACGCGGACGCCGCUUUCCUGCUCUCCAUCGUGGGCUUCGUAGACAUUGUGGCGCGGCCAGCGUGCGGCGCUCUCGCCGGCCUGGCGCGCCUGCGACCGCACGUCGCCUACCUGUUCAGCCUCGCCCUGCUGGCCAACGGGAUCACGGACCUGAGCAGCGCGCGCGCGCGCUCCUACGGCGCCCUCGUCGCCUUCUGCGUCGCAUUCGGCCUCUCCUACGGCAUGGUGGGCGCGCUGCAGUUCGAGGUGCUCAUGGCCGCGGUGGGCGCCCACCGCUUCCCCAGCGCGCUGGGCUUGGUGCUGCUCAUCGAGGCCGUGGCCGUGCUCAUCGGGCCGCCUUCUGCCGGCCGCCUGGUGGACAUGCUGAAGAACUACGAGAUCAUCUUCUACCUGGCUGGCUCUGAGGUGGUCCUGGCCGGGGUCUUCAUGGCUGUGGCCACCACCUGCUGCCUGCACCGCUCUCGGGACUCCCCGCCCGGCCCAGGCAGCGAGGGCGGGGCCAGCGACAGCGAGGAUGCCGAGGAUGAAGGGGACUCUGAGGCCCUGCCCGCCCGGGAGCCCGCCCGGGAGCCUGGUGGCCUCGAGGCCCUGGAGGGGCCGAGCCCCGUGGCUGAGCCCGCGGAGCCCGAGGUGGAGGAGACACCAGAGCCAGGGCCGGCGCCCACGUCUGCGUAGCGCAGGGGGGCCGAGGAGGGGUGGCCGGCACUCCAGCCGCAGCACUUCCCCUCCCAGAGCCCCCGCUGCUCUAAGGGGGUCUGGCGCACUGGGGACUGCUCGGGGCGGUCGCCCCUGGGGGCCAGGUGGGAAGCUUCUUCCCUCAUCUGCCCAGCGGGCCAUGGCUGGGCCCUGUCCUCCUCCCCCCUCCCCAGUGAAGCUGCUGCGCCCAGACAGGGUCUGAGCCCUGGGA